AUGGCGAAGGAGCGUUCGAAACGGUGCGUGGACCUGGUGACAUUCACGCCGUACAAACCCAGCCGCGUCGACGUCGGGCUGCCGCACCCGGACUGCGUGGUGGAAUCGACCGCGCUGGCGUCGAUCGUGCCGCCGGAUGCUCCGUUUCAGCAUCAGCUGGAGAUUCUGGAGUUUGCGAAGACCGGCAGCAUUUCCCAGUUGCAAUUUGAGGCGGUGGUAUACGCCUUUCAAAGCAACGAACACACCUUCGUGGGUGAUAAAGGGACCCGGCAGCGCUACGCGUUUCUGCUCGCCGACGGGACCGGCGUCGGCAAGGGGCGGACCAUCGCGGCGAUCAUCUGGGAAAACUGGCUGCGUGGCAGGAGGCGCCACGUGUGGCUGUCGGCCAAGAAGGACCUCAAAGCAGACGCGGAGCGCGACUUUCGCGAGAUCGGCGCCACGGAUCUCGCGGACAGGGUCGUCACGCUGCAGGAUGUCGAGCGCAGCGCGCACGCGGGAGCCGACGGCAUCCUUUUCGUUCCGUACACGAUGCUACGCGAGCCGAAGAGGUUCCGUCAGGUCUGCGACUGGUGCGACCACAGCGGACGAGGCGCCUUCUCGGGCAACAUCGUGUUCGACGAAUCCCACAAGGGCAAGAACCUCCAGCCCGCCGGACACGCCGAGCCGACGGCAACGGCAGUGGCGAUGGAAAACCUGCAGGACGCAUUCCCCGACGCUCGGGUCGUCUACUCAAGCGCAACCGGAGCCUCGGAGCCCAGGAACAUGGCCUACAUGGGUAGGCUCAACCUCUGGGGCCCACAUUCUCAAAUGGAUCUGGAGGACUUUCCGGCGUUUUCCGCCCUCUUUCCAACCAAGGAUCGCAACCUGGGCAGUGCUGAGCUGCUCAGCACGAGCUUGAAGGCGACGGGUCGGCUGGUGUGUCGGACGCUCUCGUUCGAGGGCGCCGACUUCUACCAGCAUCGCAUCGAGGCUGCGGGCGACUUCCGCGUUAUGUAUGACUGCAGCACUCAACUGUGGCGGGCGCUUCACGGCGUCGUUCUCAGCCAGUACGCCGACGUGUGCUUCCGCCUGAGCGGAGCCAGCUCGGGGGGAAAGAAAACGGAGAAAGCGCAGUUCAAGGGGCGGAUCACUAUGGACUACUACGGCACGCAGCAGAAGUUCUUCAAGAGCCUCUGCUACGCGAGCAAGCUCGAGAAGGCUGCCGAGCUGGUGCAGGCCGCUCGAGACGCAGACAUGUGUCCUGUGGUCGGGUUGUUCGAGACUGGUGAGGCCGCAAUCACGCAGCUGAACAACAGCGUCACCAGAGACAUCCCAUCCAUGGCCCGCCACGAGCUGACCUCGUACAUCGCGCGUCUGAUCACCCAGCUUGAGACGUACGUGGAGUGCCAUCGUCAUCGCUGUCGUCGUCCGUUCAGGCUGCGUGAGACGGUCUCCGAGGGGGACUGCACCAACAACAGCGCGAGUGAUGACGACCUCUCUGGCGUGGACUUCGAGGUGGAGGACGAGCCGGACAAGGACGAGGAGAGAGAUGCCGGUGACGCACAGCUACCUGACGUCAGUUACGAGUUCUCGGACUACACAAACGACAGCGCCAGUGAUGACUCCUCCGACUUGGACUUCAAGGUGGAAGACGAGCCGGACGAGGACGAGGAGGACGCCGAGGAGCGAGGUGCCGGUGACGCACAGAUUCUUGACGUCAGCGGAGUCGCGGAAGUGCGCCACCGCCUGGAGGAUCUCCUCAGCCUAGCGACGGCACUGCCGCUGCCCGUGAACGCUCUCGACACGCUCUGGAACCGCCUCGGGGGCUCGGAGCAGCGAGUGGCUGACCUGACUGGACGACAGCACUACAUGGUCAAGGUCGGCAACGGCUACGAGGUGCGGAAGCGCAGACUCGACGAAAACCGCGAGCGCAAGGCGUUUCAGGAUGGCGAGAAGGACGUGGCCAUCGUGUCGGCGGCUGGCUCGAUCGGCAUCUCGCUGCAAGCUGACGGAAACGCCCAGAAUCACCGCAGGAGGGCGGUCAUAUCUUUGGAGUUCCCGUGGGCGGCGGAUGCCGCGGUGCAGCAGUGGGGACGGGCCCAUCGCUCGGGGCAGGUCUCCUGCCCCGAGUUUCACCUCGUGGUCGCGGGAGUCGGCGGCGAGCUGCGGUUCGCCAGUGCGGUGGCGAAGCGCAUCGAGAGCCUCGGCGCCCUUAUGCACGGCGAUCGUCGUGCAGCUGACAGCCAGUCGCUGUCUGACUUCAACUGCGACAUCCCCCACGGCCAGGCCGCUGUCCGGGACAUCCUGUGCGCCGUCGAGGGCGACACGUUCGAGGGCGGUGCUGGGGCUGGGCGCGCCGGCAAGCAGGUGGCCCUGGUGGAGCCCCGCCACUGUUUCGAAGGGUUCCCCGACGCACUGCAGCCUCCCGAACGCGAAAAGCACUUUCUCGCGGAGAUCCGCCACAUGCUGAUCCUGAUGGGCUUCGUGACGCCGCUGGAUCCAACGCAGCAGACGGACGUCUCGGCGCGCGACCGGCCCGCAUUCUUUGGGAAGGUGGUAUUGCAGCAGAACGUCGUCAAGCAGACCGAUCAGAUCAGGGUCUUUCUGAACCGCGUGCUCGCGGUGGACAUCGCGGGCCAGGACAUUCUCACAACUCUGCUAUUCGACCAGCUCCACAUGCGGUCGUGGAUCGACCCGCCCAAGGAUUGCGUCGCACAGGAGCUCCCGCGGGGGUGUGUCCGCCGAACGGAGCCCCCGGUCGAGCUCUGCCGCGACGACCUGAGCGGCGCGACGACGAUGCUCCACCGCGUCGAGGUGGACCGCGGGCUGCCCGCAGAACGCGCGGUGAAGUUCUGCGAGCGGAGCGUCGCGCACGAGUGCGACGUGCGCGUGUGUCUCGCGGAGGGCCAGGCGGCAUCCACGAUAGUGUCAGGCUUCUACCGGCGGAGGGUUUCGCCCGCGUCGUACCACGACAUCCACCUGCAACCGAGCUGGAGGGGUCCAGCGCUGGCGCUGACGCCCCGCUCGCUCGUCGUAGCAGCGUACAAGCCCCACAUGCUCGAGCUCGGUUCAGCGGAGGGCAUCGAGUUCAUGUCCCCGGCCAACUGCAUGGUCAACAGGUGCCAGAUGAAGGACUUUCUCAACAUGUACUCCCUGGUCCAUGACAGCGCCACAGUGAGGCGGGACUGGGACUCCCAGUAUGACGGCGCUCUGAGGAAAACUUCGGAACGCAACCGCAAGGAAGACAUCACCUUCGUAUCCGGAAACCUCCUUCCGAUAUGGAAGGAGAUGAGGAACCUUAACGUCAUCAUGACGAUGACGCGGUUCUCGGUGCCCGACCCUACUCAGGAAGCGGGAGGCAGCGAGGGCAACAGGCUGCUGUCUAUCAUCGGAGUCCAGCUGACGGCGAGUCAAGCCUGGAAGAUAAAGGACCGUGUCGAGAAUCCCGGCGCUGCACCGUGCACGCAGGGCGCGACUGUGGGGGGAAACAAGCGUCCGGCGCGCGCCCCCGAACACGCGUCGAAAGUGCUCGCUGUGGCCGGGCCUCCUGAGAAUCGAGCCGGCGCGGUCACCAACGCUGGCGAGCGGCCCGACCUGUCGUUGGACCCGAUAUCGAUGCUGGUGGACAGCGACAGCGAGCGCUCGCACCAUCACAUGGUGGUCGAGUUCGAGUCGUCGUCGGAAGAGGACGCUGCGGCGGAGCAAGCACAUGCAGCACAGAGCGAUGCGGAGCUCGAUGCGGCUGGGUCUGACCGCGCGACGUCGACGGCGGGUGAGAACAUCACACAGGAUCUCUGGAGGCAGGUGUACGACAACGACGACCGCAUUCAAGCACUCGAGAAGCUCCUGCAGAGCAUCAGCCGGCAGCCUCUCGCCAACGUGCAGCACAGCGCCCGCGGGCCGGCUGCGGGCAGCGAGGCGCGCCCCAUUUCUGGCACGGAGACGCUGACUCAGGCCAGGCUGCAGCUGAAGCAGGUCCGGAAGGCGCAGAGCGAUCUGAAGGCGCAAGCCUUGCGGCGGGGACGGCGCCCGCAAGACGACGGGGCCGGACCGAGCGGCCUCUGA